UAGUUUAUUAUUAACUCUAAUUGUUGAUCAAAUCAUUUCAUUGUAUGAAAAAACCACCAAUAAAUAAGAUGAUUAUAGCAAUUAGUAAAUUGUUGAUUUGUUUAAUCACUUUGUCAAGUGUAACCUCAAUCCCAUUGGAUUUAAAUAAUGAUGAUCAAGUGAACGGUUAUCUCAAACAAUUAAUCACAAAGGAAUUAACUAAACUGGAAUCAUCAGGCUGGAAAAGUCAAGACCCAUUGUUGAAUAAUGUGAUAAUUAAAGCAACUGAUUUAGUUGAAAAUGGACCAGAAAUUGUUUGGUUUGAAGAUGAAAAUGUUUUAGAUAAUGUGAUCAGCAAUUUAAGAAAUUAUCUUACAUUUCUCAAAGAAUCAGGUUUUAAUCCCGAUGGUUCAAUUGUUGAUAAUGUUAACAUCUUAUCAAAACUGAUUGUCAACAAUCAAGAUGAAUUAUCACCAGAUAUAACCUCACAAUUGGAAUCGAAACUUGAACAAUUAAUACUGAAAGGAUUCAAAGAUUUCCAAUCACCAGAUUUCGAUGUGAAUAAAUCACUAAUUGAAAAUCUAAGUAAAUUGUUGGUCAAAAGUGUCUCAUCAAAUGCUUACAAAACUGAUUUACCAAUUUUUGAAUCAUUUAAUAUCGCCCAUGCCUAUCAAUGGAUAUCACUACACAAUCAGCUUGCAAUGGACCCAACAGCUGAAACAAUUAGUCAAAUUGUUUUGUCAACUUUGAUUUCAAUUUACUUUCCAGGUUACAGUCCUGGUUUAUCAUUGGAUAAAAUUGUUUACAAGUUUAUAAAAGUUUGAAUUGAUUGUAACCAAAUUGUCAAUAUGUAAACAAGAAUCAUGAUCAAUUGAAUCAACAGCAAUUAAUAAUAAUCAUUGAUGAUAAAAUAUUAUUGACAUUAAAAAAACUUUGUUCAUAUCAAAUCAAA